GACAUCACUCCCACUUGCUUGACUUGAAACCAGAGGCGAGGUUUAGGGUUUGGGGAACAAGUUCAGGAAGCUGCAUCCACUGAUAAGACAAAAAACAUAUGUUGUUUUAAAUAACGUCUUUUGACUUAUUUCUCUUUUAGAAGUGAGUUUAGAAUAGGAUAGAAGCUUCUGUUUGACGUGCGACUUCCUGUUGGUCCCUACCAGGACUUUGCUGCAUGGUGUGUGUCUGAACACACCCUAACUCCUGGAAAUGGCAGGUCGCUGUGGACUGACGACCCUGCUGCUCUGGGCUUGGAUCAUCGCUUUGGCUAACUGUCAAGUGACAUCUCCAAAUAAAACAGAAGUUGCAACCCCCUUACCUCCACGCACCAGCACAAAUUCCCUUUCAACUUCAGCAAUCAGUUUACCAGACAGCCGCUCAACUCCACGCACCAUGGCAGCAACUACUGUCAUGUCUCCAACUGCUCCCAAACCUCCACUCACCUCUCCAACACUCACCUCUCCAACACUCACCUCUAACUCACCAAUGCCUGCAAUAAAUUCAACUGGUAUUUCCGCCAUUACUGCUCCUCCUACAACCACCACAUCCUCACCCACCCUCACCACAGUCUUGCAGACAAUCACCUCUCAAAACAAGACUCAACCUCCAAACACCACGUCCAACACAUCAGUGACUCCCAACACCAAAGACAGCACUCAAGCCCCUCAACCUCUGAAGUGUUCCUACACAGUCAAACCCAUCCAGUUUGGCAUCCAGAUAGACAUGACGAAGAACUUUACGACUGGCAACUACACCAUCAACAUUAAUGAAAAGGGCCGACCAGAUACCAGACACAAGUAUUCUAUUCAGUUCUCCGAGAGUAACUCAGCUCAUGCAAUCAAACACCUGAAGCCCUGCACUGACUAUGAGCAUAAUGUGGCAUUUAUUGAUGGUGCUGGCAAAGAAACACCCCGUUACUGCACCAAUCAAAUAAAUACAACCAGGACAUUAGAAAUGAAUCAAGGUGACAUUAAAGAUAAAAAAUGCAUGCCUGGAUAUGUUUGUUACAAUAGUGAAUGGGACAUCAGCUCUUCACUAUCAACACCAAAUAAUAUUUCAGCUGUGACGUGCAAAAGGGACGAAAAGGAGAUCUGUUUUAAACCUCGUUACAAUGACAUUUGCACCAAUUUGACUACAACGUUCACUUCAGGAAACUGUGCUAAAAACAUUAACCUCAACACAAGCAUCACUGCUGAUUUCUUAAAUCCAAGUGAAAUAAGUAAAACAAUCCCAACUAAACUUCCUGCAGAAAUAAAAACAAAUUUGCCACCAAACUGCAAACAUCUCAACAUCACUUACACCUGUCUGGAAGAUGGAAAACCCAAUGAAUUGAAUCUUACCGACCUGGAGCCCUACACAAACUACAACUGUACCGGUCAGAUCAUGCACAACAAUGUCAUCAUAAACAAAACAACUGCUAUCCAGUUCAGGAUUGACUGUGAUCUUAUUAUAAGCAUCUUAGAGCCAAGUGUCACCAACAAUUCCAUUCAUCUGAGCUGGAACACACACAGUGUGAAAUGUCGAGAUGUCCUUUCUAAUCUUCCGAAGCUUUCUUAUGAGUGCAGCUGUCAGCCUGGUUUUAAGAAAUACAUAAUGAAUCAAACAACUAAUGCAGGAAAUACAGGAGGCUCAUGUACAAUUAGUAGACUGGAACCAUACACCAAGUAUGAGUGUGCAGUCCAGCCCAAAUACAAUAUAAGUAACGUUGCAGGAGUUAAUAAAAAAACGACUAGGACAAAGAUUGGAGUGCCAGGAAGAAUCCAUAAUCUGAUGUUGGACACACAGCAUAACGUGAUUAAGGCAACCUGUAAAGCUCCACAUACAUUGAAUGGACCUGUUGAGUCAAUACGUUAUAUCGCACGUCUUUAUAUUGGUGGUGACCUGAAGUACACUCUGAAUGAAACCAAAUGCGAGUUUGAAUUCAAAGAUUUAAGCUACUCAACCAAUUACAGUGUGGAGGUGACUGCUUCUUAUGGAGGUGACGAGAGCGAUAUCAUCAAAGAAUCUCAACUUACUUCCUAUAAUGACAAAGCUGUCAUUGGGUUUUUGGUCUUCCUCAUCAUCCUGACGUCUGUGGCCCUGCUUCUGGUCGUCUACAAGAUUUAUGUUCUGAAGCGCAGACAGUCCCAUAACCUGGGUGAAAACAUGAUGCUCAUUACUACAGCAAAUGACGAGGAGAAUCUGCUGGCAGUCGAGCCGAUUGCAGCAGAGUUCCUGCUGGAAGCCUACAAGAGGAAGCUGGCUGAUGAGGGAAGACUCUUCCUGGCUGAGUUUCAGAGCAUGCCCAGAAUCUUCACAAGGUACACCGUGAAAGACGCCAAAAAGGCCUGCAAUGUCCCUAAGAAUCGCUAUGUGGACAUCCUGCCAUAUGAUUAUAACCGUGUUCAGAUGACCACCGGAAAUGGGGAGGCAGGCUGUGACUACAUCAAUGCCAGCUUCAUCGAUGGGUACAAGGAAUCCAAAAAAUACAUUGCAGCACAAGGGCCGAAGGAGGAGACUGUCAGUGACUUUUGGAGGAUGGUGUGGGAGCAGCAGUCCUCUAUCAUCGUUAUGGUAACACGGUGUGAAGAAGGAAACCGGGUCAAAUGUGCGCAGUACUGGCCGUCUCGAGACCGUGAAGCAGAGAUCUUUGAAGAGUUUAUUGUGAAGCUGAACUCAGAGGACCACUGCCCAGAUUACACCAUCCGCCAUCUCAGCAUUACUAAUAAGAGGGAGAAGAACUCAGAGAGGGAGGUGACUCACAUCCAGUUCAUGAGUUGGCCAGACCACGGCGUCCCCGGGGAGCCACAUCUCCUCCUGAAACUGAGACGGCGCGUCAAUGCGUUCAAGAACUUCUUCAGUGGCCCCAUCGUUGUUCACUGCAGCGCGGGAGUCGGCAGGACAGGAACAUACAUUGGCAUUGAUGCCAUGAUGGAGUGUCUGGAGGCAGAGGGCAGAGUCGACAUCUACGGUUACGUAGUCAGACUCCGCAGACAGAGAUGUCUAAUGGUUCAAGUAGAGGCCCAGUACAUCUUGAUACACCAGGCGCUGCUGGAGCACAAUCAGUUUGGAGACACUGAGACAACGGUGUCCGAGCUCCACAGCACACUGAGCACGCUCAAACAGAGAAACUCCAGCAAUGAACCCACCUUACUGGAGGACGAGUUUGAGAGACUCCCCAUCUAUAAAAACUGGAGGACAUUCAACAAGGGGCUCACAGAAGAGAACAAGAAGAAGAAUCGUUUUACUUCUGUCGUCCCAUAUGACUACAACAGAGUGUUGCUGAAAGUAGAUGAAGGACGCAGUCGUGACAGUGUCCCCGAUGAGGAAGAAGAGGAAGAUUCAUCCGAUGAAGAGGAAGAGGAGUCAGCUAUGUACAUCAAUGCCUCCCACUUAGAUGGGUACUGGGGCCCACACAACUUCAUUGCAGCGCAGACUCCCCUGCCAGACACCGUGGCUGACUUUUGGAUGAUGGUUUACCAAAAGAAAUCAUCUGCAAUCGUCUCGCUUUCUGAAUCCAGUGAGCAGGAGUCUGACUCUCUCUACUGGGAUAAAGAUAAGAAAACGUUUGGGGAUUUUGAGGUGGAAGUGACAAGCACAGACACCUCCCCGACUUUCAUCACCCGGAACAUGCUGCUCCGUUAUGUCAAGAGGAAAGAGAGUCGGUCGGUGAAACAGUUCCAGUUCCUGACCUGGUCAAGCAAUGAGCUGCCGCAGAAAGCUCAGGAUCUCACGGACAUGAUCAAGGAUAUCAAGCACAGCUGUGGAGGAGGCAAAUCACAGAGGAACUCGCCCGUUGUUGUCCACUGCAAUGAUGGCUCAUCCCGGUCAGGGAUUUUUUGUGCUCUGUGGAACUUGCUGGACAGCGCUGAGACUGAGAAGCUGGUGGAUGUUUUCCAGGUGGUCAAAACCCUGCGCAAGGAGAGACAAGGCAUGCUCUCUGACCUGGAACACUACCAGUUCUUGUACAGCGCCCUUGAGGGGGUCUUCCCUGUGCAGAAUGGGGAAGUGAAAGCAGUUCAGGCCUCUGCAGUCGACUCAGUCCAGGUUGUCAAUGAAACCAAAGCAGCAGAGCAGCCAGCAGAGGAAAAGCCUGCCAGCACUAUCAUCAACGACCAGCAGGGGGCAGUAGAGAGCUCUCCUCUUGUGGCUGAUGCAGGGAAGGAAGACAAAAAAGAAGAGCCUGAAAAAGUUUCCGGUGUCCCCAUAGACACAACCCCUCUGCAGGAUACCAGCAAUGGAGACACGGUUACUGUGGAGGUCUGAGGGGCUCGCAGGUGGAUGAUGUGUCUUUUACUUUUAGGAAAUAAGCGCUUCAGCUGAAUGCUUUCUUUUAAUAACUAUAUGAAUGUAUAAACGUUGUAAAGCUUUUACAAAGUGAUGUUUUUGUUAAGAUUUGUUAAAGAAUUUGAUCAAAUAUUGUAUUGUCAAUUUGCAAUAAUGUGAUUUAAAUUAAGUUAUAAAUAUUUUUCUUAGAAAAGCUGUAAGGAUGCAAAUAAUAUGUGAUGGGAGCAAAGUUAUAAGUCUACUGCGAAUAGAAAUGCUGUUGUCAAACUAGGGACUUUGGUAAUAGAAUAAAUACUAGAUACCUUAUGUAAGUUGUUCCUUUAUAUCCCUCUUUAAAAGUGCAAGGUGCGUUUAUAGUAUAAAACUGCCAUGCACUUUAUUUCCCCUAAACAAAAACAAAUGCUUGAAUCUACAUUUAUAUAUAUCUAUAUCUAUAUCUAGAUAUAUAUAUAUAUAUAUAUGGCGUGUUUGAAUAAUUGAGUUGUUAAUUUCAAAAUGUUUUAUGUGACAUUUCAUUAAAGGAGACUUCAAAAAAUAUAGUAUUUUUAUCAGGA